AUGGGUGAACUCGACCUCGAAAAGACCGCCAGCGUCAAACCGGCCUCGAGCAAUGGCUCGCGCUCCGAGUCCGACUCGGACGCCGCUCGUCUCGCGGAGAUGGGCUACGCCCAGGAUCUGAAUCGGAAUUUCAACAUCCUGUCACUGGUCGGCAUUGCGUUCUGCAUGUCGAAUUCCUGGUUCGGUAUCUCUGCUUCCAUGAUCACCGGCAUUAACUCUGGUGGUACGGUGCUGAUCAUCUAUGGCCUGUUGUGGAUCACCUUCAUCUCACUGGGUGUCGGUGCUUCGCUGUCCGAGUUGGCCAGUGCCAUGCCCAAUGCCGGUGGACAGUACUUCUGGGCCUUUGAAUUGGCCCCGCGCAAAUAUGCCCACUUUGCCUCCUACCUCAGUGGGUGGUUUGGUUAUGCCGGUGCCAUCUUCGCCUGCUCCAGUGUGGUCCUGGGUCUUGGCCAGGCUGCCGUUGGCAUGUGGCAGUUGGGCCAUCCUGACUUUGUUGUGAAGGCAUGGCAUGUCGUUCUUGCCUACCAGUUGAUCAACUUCUUCUGUUUCUUGUUCAACUGCGUGGGUAAGGUGUUGCCUCUGGUGGCCAAGUGCACUCUGUACAUCUCCCUCAUUUCCUUCCUGGUCAUCCUGGUCACUGUGCCAGCCUGCGCCCGCCCUCACGCCAGUGCGAGCUACGUGUUCGGUCACUUUGUCAACUCCACCGGCUGGAAGUCAGACGGCAUGGCCUUCAUCGUCGGAUUGAUCAACCCGAAUUGGAUUUUCGCCUGCUUGGACUCUGCCACGCAUUUGGCCGAAGAGGUUCCUCACCCGGAGAGAAACAUCCCCAUUGCCAUCAUGGCCACUGUCGCCAUUGGCUUCGUCACGUCCUGGACCUACUGUAUCUCCAUGUUCUUCGGCAUCAAGGACCUGGACGAGCUGAUCAACACCUCUACUGGUGUCCCCAUCUUACAGCUGUACUACCAAGCCCUGGACAACAAGGCUGGUGCCAUCGUUCUCGAGACACUUCUCCUGGUCACCGGUAUGGGAUGCCAGAUCGCAUGCCACACCUGGCAAUCCCGUCUGGCCUGGGCCUUUGCCCGUGAUCGUGGAAUGCCCGGCCACCAGUGGCUGUCUCAGGUGAACCAUACCCUGGAUGUGCCCCUGUACGCGCACUCAGUCAGCUGCUUCAUUGUCGGCCUCCUCGGUCUGUUGUAUCUUGGAUCCACGACAGCAUUCAACAGCAUGAUGACUGCUUGUAUCUCUCUGCUGUAUGUUUCGUAUUCGAUUCCCAUCCUUUGCCUUUGGUACCGUGGCCGCAACAACAUCCACCACGGUCCUUUCUGGCUCGGCAAAUUUGGUAUGGCGGCCAACAUCAUCACCAUCUCCUGGACGAUCUUCUGUAUCGUGAUGUACUCGUUCCCCUCGACCAUGCCUGUUCACACCGGAAAUAUGAACUAUGUCUCGGCUGUGUAUGGCGUGGUGGUCUUCAUCAUGCUUUUUGAUUGGUUUGCUCGUGGAAAGUAUUCCUUCAAGCGCGAUGAAGGGGAGAAGAGUGAGGGCUCACAGUAG